AUGGCGCAAUCUAUCGACUUCAAUGCGCUGAAGGCGCGGACCAUGGGCUCUGGCAAUGAUGAGGAGGCCGUCACCGUUGAUACUCGCGGUCUGAUUGCGAAGGUGCUUUCGCGCUAUUCGGGGAAAUGGACGGUCCUACGAGAGAUGAUCCAAAACGCCGCGGACGCUUCCGCUACGCGGGUGACUAUCAAGUUCGAGACGUUGCCCUCUACCACCGUGCCCAUCCCUAAUCCUGCUGACCCGACAGCGAUGAUCAAGCAUGUUAUCGCUCAUCAUACCCUCAAGCGACUGCUGAUAUCAAACAACGGACACCCAUUCAAUGAAAAGGACUGGGCCAGACUCAAGCGGAUUGCGGAUGGUAAUCCGGAUGAGACCAAGAUCGGGGCCUUUGGAGUUGGAUUUUACAGCGUUUUUGAUGACUGCGAAGAGCCGUUUGUCUCUUCGGGUGGCGAGGCUAUGGCCUUCUAUUGGAAGGGGAAUGCUCUCUUCACGCGGCGUCUCAAACUGGAACAGGUGGAUUCUAGCCCGGACACCACCUUCGUUCUUGACUACCGCAAUAACUCUUCUCCAGUACCUGCUCUGAUGGAGCUUUGCCAGUUUCUCGCUACCAGUCUCACAUUUGUCGGUCUCGAGAGUAUAGAUCUCUGGCUAGAUAACUGGAACCUACUAAGGCUUACAAAGAAAACUGCUCCCAGUGAGGCCAUCGCCAUCCCCAGGGACAUCGACACCAAAACUCCAGAGGGUCUCAUGAAGAUUUUGGGCGUGACAAGAGAAGUUGCUCAAGUGGACGCCGUUUGGAUGAAGGCGGUUGAAUGGAUCCCACAGGCUACCUCAUCAUUCCGCCUGGAAGGUCUUCGAGACACUACCAGUUCUCUCCGUUCUUUCUUCUCUAGAUUCACAGCAUCUUCAUCCAGUCACUCGUUGGAUAAGCAGGCAAAGCUCGAGAAAAUAGAAAAACCGGUGGAGGAAGAGGAUUUGACUAACAUGUCUACUGCUUCUGUCUUCCUGCAUAUCAACACCGCGUCCAUUCAGGCAUCUAUAAGCUCCUCCUUAAGCAGUGAACUUGAGCGGGCCACGCGGAAACCGCCACCCAAGCGGACGACAAUCGCUAUCCUCACGCCGUCCUACGCUGCCAAUGUUACUUCGAAACAGUCAGAAAUCCUGGCCUCUGUCCUUCCCUCAAAGUCGGGGAGAGUCUUCAUAGGAUUUCCAACCCAUCAAACGACUGGUCUCAAUGCGCACAUAUCAGCGCCGUCAGUCAUCCCAACUGUUGAGCGAGAGAACAUUGAUCUCAAUACGCGAUAUAUUAGCAAAUGGAAUCUGGAGAUGCUUAGAGCGGCGGGUAUUGUAUGCCGAAUCGCCUGGUCUGCCGAUAUGCACUCUAUUAAAUCCAGAAUUAUUCCGGGAGGUCCGCAACGCAGCUCAAAAGUUCGUAAAGAAGACAUCGUCAGCCUGAUUCCAGAAGCUGUCCACACAGCAAAUCAGUUUGUGUUUCGCGAGUCUACACCGUCUUCACUGCUGGGGCAGACAAUAGAAGAUUCAUUUUGGAUGUGCAACAAGAAUGCAUCAAUCGAAGUCUUGUCGACUUGUGGAGUUUUGCCAAGUCACCAAGUUCGCAUUGCCCCAAAGGACCUAAGUUUCAUGGAUGGCAUACCUGUCCUUCCUGACGAUCUGAUCAAUAAAUCUAAAGACUUCGUUAAGAAGUUGACGGACUUUGGUCUUGUGACGGAGAUCACAGUGUCGGACAUCAAACGGGAGCUCGAACGCAGUGCUCUAACCUCAACACAACUAGGAGAAUUUCUUUCCUGGCUUGGAAAACGAUCAGCGGCCGGCGAGCUGGAUCCGCCCACCGUACGAACUCUGCUUAACGUUGCAGUCGCAAAUGAUGAGGCCACUGACGGCAAUUCCGGUCGUUUGCUUGUCAUGGCAGAGAUCGAUAGCUACCUGAAUCCCAACCGAAUACCAGCGGAUCUGCCCUUGCCACCUUCUGUCAUGCCAUUCAAGUAUACAAAGGCUUUGGAAAAGCGCGAGUUGGAUGCUCUCGGCUGGGUGGAAUUGCAGAUAGUGCCCUGGAUCCGGUGGCUCGUUGAGAAUGCCGGUAAUCGAAAUGUCCUUCCGGUCGAGAAAGACUUGACUCGGACGCCUUCGUUCUCCGCACAGGUCCUGCCUGUUUUGUCAAAGCAGUGGGAAUCUUUGAGCCAGUCUUCGAAGCAAACAGUGGUCAAUCUCUUACAACCACGGACUGUCAUCCCAGUGAAAGAUGGAAUGAAGAGACCUGGAGAAGCAUAUUUCCCAACUGUUCGUCUUUUCGACGAUCUGCCUGUAGUGUCUGGUCUUUCCGGUGUCAAAGACAAGUUUCUUAUGGCUCUUGGCGUCCGCAAGACCGUUGAGCUCGGUGUCAUUUUUGAGCGGCUCCUGGACGAUACGGAACCUAUUGACAAGGAUGGCAACCCGAAGAGAAAGUGGAGUCACGUUGACCUCAUCAAAUAUCUUACCUCUGUUCGAGAGGAUAUUCCUGCCAGUGAUAUAGAGAGGCUCAAGAAUACGAAAAUAUGUACCGCAGAGAAAACGGAGGGGCGUGAAACUCAAACCCAGAUGCGGUAUAAGAUCUCAGAGCUCUACGAACCCAAGGAUUCCCUUAGGAAGCUUGGUCUUCCCGUUAUCGAAUGGCCUGGAAAAUACUUACCUCACAGCAAAGAAGGACAAUUUCUCACCACCUUGGGACUGAGGAGAUACCCGACAGCUCUUGAACUCAUCCAAAUCAUGGCUAGGGCUGCAGCAGAGGAUGACCUCGCACUCCAAGGCAAGGCCAUGUCCUACUUUAUUACUGAAUAUCACACAAACGGUUAUGCUGCAUUUGAUAGUAGUCAAGUUACCACUCCUUAUCUACCGGUGGAUGGAUCAAACCAAUUGAGUACCCCGAACAAUUGCUUCACUCAUGACGGUGCGGCGCUGUUUGGUUUCAACAUCCUGAGAAGGGAUCUUCAUCCUCAUGCCACGAAGUUUGGCGUUAGAGAGCAUCCUCCAAUCACCGAAUGCGUGAAUAUCUUAGUGAAGAAGCCUCCGGUGACGACGAGGGAAGCAAGGAAUUUAUUUUCUUACAUGGCUGGGAGAACAGCAGAGCUAAGCAUGACAGAUAAAACUCGCCUUAGUCAGGCACCGAUCGUCCCUAUUCAGACUGGUUCGAUCUCCGAGAAGGCACCGCUUGUCCGUCAUGUGGAACCAAGGCUCUGCUACCUUGGAGACAGCGAUGAUUAUGGCGAUAUAUUCGAUUUCGUCGAUUUUGGCCAACCAGCAAAUGUCUUCCUUAUGGCAGUUGGAUCAAAGCAGGAGCCGACUAAGGUCGAAGUUGCUCGCAUUCUGGUGAAGGAGCCCGCCAGAAUAUCUUCCAAAUUCCAAAAUCCGGACAAAUACCUGAAUCUUCUGAGAAGCCUUGCUGAGAACAUGGCCGUCCUACGGAAGCACCGAGACUUGUUCAAUGAUAUGAAAAAGUCACCGUUUCUUCUCGCCAGUAGAGAGCUUCCUUCGCAGUCUCGCAAGAGCGCUCAGACUUCGCAAGGGGACAUUGACGAGAACGAUGAUACAUUUGAGGAUGAUGAACAAGGAAUCAAAGAGUGGCAGUUGACUGCAGCGAGUAAUGCCGUCGUCGUUGAUGAUUAUCAAAGUUUCACACUCUUCAAGGAGCAUGUCCUUGCUGCGCCGCAGGAGGAAGUCCUGGAGAAAUUCUAUGUAGCGCUCGGGACGCCAUUAUUGAGCAGUAUUGUUGUGGAACAGGCUCACUGGGGUGCUAAGGCGUCGGAUCAGCGGCCAGCGGCUAAGCUCCAGAAACUUAUCAACGAGCGGACCCGACUUUUCCUUCAUGAUCAGACCCCGGAUUCUAUAAGGCACGAUACGAAAUGGCUGGAGAAGCAUCUUGGCAUACAAGUUGUGCAUUCGAUUUCUCUUCGGCGAUCUCUCAAGAACAGUCGAGUGUCACACAACCAAAAGCGCAAUGCCAUCAUCACACAGCAGGGCGGCGAUUGGACGUUGUGGAUCAGUCCGGGGAAGUUCGAUUUAUACGAGAUUAGCCAAGCUCUUGUUCAUCUGCUUCUUAUAAGACCUAAGCUGCACUCGACGCUUACAUUGGAGAUGUUAUUGAAAACUGAUUUAUACGAGCUCAGAGCAAGAGGUUAUAACGUUGAACGGAUCCUUCGACAGAGGGCUGCUGAGGCCCGGAUGGCUGAGGACCAACGUCAGAAGCAGUUAGAGGAAGAGCGCAAGCGUCUUCAAGAAAGAGAAGCAGAGUGGCGGAAGGCCCAGGAACAAGAAAUAGAGCAUCGAAAGUCUCAGAAUUCCAUGCCUGGACUGUUCCCAGACUCGCCCUCAAAUACAAAGUCUCAUGAAGAGGAGCAUGCUGAGAAUUUGGAUGUUGUUGAUCAUGAUUUCCAACCCCGGAAUUUGUUCUCCAAUCUGACCAGACGUCUUGGGCUAGAUGACAACAGGAAGUCAAACCCAUUUCAGUCGCUGUUCCAGAGUCGAUCGUCUCAGCAUGAGGCCAUCGAGACUGAGAGGGUUGCUACUCCUCCGCCACCUUAUUCGACGGAAGAUCCUCAGAAGCGGAAACCCAACGAACCCAGGGCCGUUACCUCUCCACAUCAACUACAACACAACCUGCUGUCCGCCAUUCAAGCUUGUCGGCCCCAUGGGGCUUCUGGGGUCUACAGUCGUCCUGUGACGAACCAAGUCAUCGAGACCAAAUCCUACUGCGAUGAGCAACCCAGCCAUGAUCUUGAGUUUGCCGCAACGCUCCCUUCGGGCAUUAACGUCUUGAUGGCAAGGUCUGUCAGUGACCGGUCUGCCUUUCUCGCUGAGAAUUCAAUGGGCAUCAAUGCCUUUGCAACAUUGUUGGGAGAGUGUGCGAGCGUGUUUGUGGUGCGAGUCGACAGCAUCAGCAUUUUCUAUGAUCCUGGUGGCAAGACGAUUGCCUUCAAUCGCGCAGGGAGUCUCUUCUGCAACUACCUUUAUUUCAAGCAGUUACACGAGACGAGACUAUCCCAGGAUCCGGUGAACGGCAGAGCAGAGGCCCUUGUGUACUGGUGGGUGAUCCUAUGCCAUGAGUUGGCACAUAAUCUUGUGGAGGAUCAUAGUUCGGAUCAUAGCUAUUACACUUGUACUGCACUAUACCCAUACACUGGACGGCGUCUAGGACAUAUGAAGUCAUGUACUGCCCAAUAUGACUAG